AUGGGAAAGCCGUGCAGUAGUGUUGCACAGUUUAUGGUACGGGUGUGUAGUCCACCUACUCAGAAAGCUGUUGAAGGAGCAGGAGCGCGGAGAAUACCUCCCGCAGGGCUGCAAAAAUUAGUCGCACGUCUGAAAAGGAAGUUAGGUGAAUUUGAGCCAAAGCGGAGAAUCGGAGUGGGGCCCACCCUGCCCGUGCGGGCUUUGCCGCGGCCCGGGACAGCGUGCGAGCUGGGCGAGGUGGUGGCCGACGGAGGCGGGGUACGGGUGGGUGCGCUCCAGCACGUGCCCACGCUCCCGGGAAAAACGGCUUUGCAACUGCCUAAGGUGUUCCAGGAGGCGCCAUGUUGCACCCGCUGCUGCCGCUGCUGCUGGCCGAGCUGGGGGGCUUGCUGGCAUCAGGAUCCGAUUAUGAUACCAUCAUCCACAUAUGAUAACAUACGUGUCCCUGUCCCUCAGUUCUGGACGGUGGUCAUGAAUUGCUGCUCUAGUCCUAGCUGUAACAGUAAUGUGAGCGAGGGCGUCCACCGAGCAGAGAUCCUAAAGUGUGAAGGCUUGAACCGCAGGAAAAACUCUCAACUCGAUAGCAUCACUCUAGCUUUGUACAUGAGUGAAGCUACACCGUCCCAUGCCUGCUACUUGCGCUGCGACAGUGUCCAGAAACUUCUUAUGGGAAGAAGAAAUUACUUUUGCUCUCAGUUUCAAGUGAGUUCAGCCCUGCAGUUCUUGUCAGCUUUCCAGCCACACCUUCGGACUGAGUUUGUACUCGUGCAGGCGCUCUGGAGAGUGUCUGUGCUUACAUUCAAGAGCCAAGCAUCCCAGGCCCUCCCACUUAUUCCCUCUCCAGAGCCCCCGGACUUAGACGAUCUGCAGCUGGUAAAAAUCACGCCCUUGCCGGAGCACAAGACAACCAUGUAUUCUCCAAGUUCAUUUCUACAAAUCAUAUUUCCAGAGAAGAUUAAAGAUAGAACAAGCUCAGAAGAACAGAUAUCCUAUGUUAUUCCAAUCAACAAGAAGCCAUAUACUGUGCACCUCGAGAAAAGAUAUUUUUUAGCAGAUCGUUUUAUGGUUUAUUUGUAUAAUCAAGGAUCUAUGCGUUCUCAAUCUUCAGACGUCCUGGCUCAGUGCUACUAUCAAGGAAACAUCAAAGGCUAUCCGAACUCCGUUGUCACCCUCAACACUUGCUCCGGACUGAGAGGAAUCCUACAAUUUGAAAAUGAGUCUUAUGGAAUCGAGCCUCUGGAAUCAUCAAGUACAUUUCAGCAUAUUGUUUACAAAUUAGGGAAUGAAGACAGUGAAUUAGCACUUUUUAACAAAAAUAGCAGAAACAUAGAAACGCCAACAAACUACGGCAUUUUUAUCAACAAAAAACCAGAAUCACCUUCAAUAACCUCGGCUCCCCUCUAUCUAGAGAUGAAUAUUGUGGUGGACAAAACUUUGUAUGAUUACUUGGGCUCUGACAGCAUGAUUGUAACAAAUAAAAUCAUCGAAAUUAUCAGUCUCAUAAAUUCAGUGUUUGCCCAACUCAAGGUUACUGUUGUGUUAUCCUCAUUGGAGUUGUGGUCAGAUAAAAAUAAGAUUUCUACAGAUGGUGAAGCAGAUGAAUUAUUGCAAAGAUUCUUAGAAUGGAAGCAAUCUUAUCUUACGCUAAGGCCUCAUGAUGUUGCAUACUUAUUCAUCUAUAACGAGUACCCAAAUUACGUGGGAGCAGCAUACCCUGGGAAGAUGUGUUCUGCCCGCUACUCUGCAGGAAUCACAAUGUAUCCCAAGAACAUGACUUUGGAGACUUUCUCAGUUGUUGUCGCCCAGAUGCUGGGGCUCGGUCUGGGGAUAUCAUAUGAUGACUCAACAAGAUGCCACUGCCCAGAAACCAUCUGCCUCAUGGAUGCAAGAGCGCUACAACAUAGAGGUAUGAAGACAUUUAGCAAUUGCAGUUUGAGUGACUUUGAACGUUUUAAAUCGAGUAUGGGUGCCAAAUGUCUUCAGAAUAAGCCACAAAUGCAAGUAGGCCCGAGACCCGUCUGUGGAAACGGCAAAGUGGAGGAAAAUGAGAUCUGUGACUGUGGCUCUGCCCAACAAUGUGGGCCUAAUAGCUGUUGUGACCCUACAACUUGUGUUCUGAAGCCAGGAAAUGCUUGUGACAGUAUGUCUCCCUCACAAACCUGCUGCAGAAGAUGUCAAUUUUUGCCACAGAAGCAUGAAUGUAGAGCCAAAUACCAUCCAAUCUGUGACCUUCCUGAAGUCUGCAAUGGGAGCUCAGGAUACUGUCCACCUGAUCUCACUAUACACGAUGGACACAUUUGCAAAGCUGGGGGCUUUAUUUGUUAUAAAGGAAACUGUCCUGACCAGAACGAGAUGUGUGAGAAAGCAUAUGGAACAGGUUCAAAGAAUGCUCCCUUUGCCUGCUAUGAAGAAAUCCAGGGUCAAACUGACAGAUUUGGCAACUGUGGGAAAAACCAGCAAAACAAAUACGUAUUCUGUGGAUGGAGGAAUCUCAUGUGUGGGAGAUUAAUUUGUACUUACCCUAGCCGGCUUCCUUAUAGCCCACCUAAUGCUAGCAGUGCGUCUGUGGUUUAUGCUUUUGUACGGGACCAAGUAUGUAUAACUGUGGACUUUGGAUUGAGCAGUGAAGACGAUCCACUCAAAGUUCCUGGUGGCAGUAUAUGUGACCAUGAUAGGAUUUGUUUAAACAGUGUAUGUGUAGAAUCAAGAUUUCUCAAGACCAAUUCGGAAACAUGUACAAGAAAGUGCAACGGACACGGAGUGUGCAAUUCCCUUGGUGACUGCCAUUGUGAAAGUGGCUUCAACCCUCCAAACUGCGAAGCUGAGGGCGGGAGAGCGGCCUCGCUGUGGUUUAGGAAGAAGGAUCUGUACAAGGAAGAAGAUAAUGGUAUAGAAAAGAAGUGGCUUCUAAGUUUGUACAUUGUUUUAAUUAUUCUAACUUCAGCAAUCAUAAUACUCACAGCAUGGAGAGGCAUGAAACAGCGGAUUUUCAAGGAAGAGGAAUCCCUGAGUAGCGAAACCAAAUCAGAAGGCAACACUCACACCAAUGUCAGCAAGUGA